UAUAUCCUCAGAUCAAAGACUGUUUUGUGUUCUCUUACAAAACCUCCUCCACCAUUGCCUUCCAAAUCUUGAUAUAGCUCGUUUAUAAGAUCCCAAAAACUGCCCUAAAUUGGCUCAAGUCAAAAACCCUAGAAUAAGAAGAAGAAGGGAGAUAUAUAGAAUGGGAAGAGGAAAGAUUGCAAUCAGAAGGAUUGACAACUCAACAAGCAGACAAGUGACCUUCUCAAAGAGGAGAAAGGGAUUGAUUAAGAAGGCCAAAGAGCUUGCCAUCCUAUGCGAUGCAGAAGUUGGAGUUACCAUCUUUUCUAGCACUGGGAAGCUCUAUGAAUUUGCAAACACCAGCAUGAAAGCAGUGAUAGAGCGAUAUAGCAAAUCAAAAGAGCAGCAUCAAGACUUAAUGAAUCCAACAUCAGAAGUCAAGUUUUGGCAAAGGGAAGCAGCAAUGUUAAGGCAACAGCUCCAUAGCUUGCAAGAGAAUUAUAGGCAAUUGAUGGGGGAACAACUAUAUGGUUUGAGUGUGAAGGAGCUUGAAAAUCUAGAGAAUCAAUUGGAAAUGAGUUUAAAUUGUGUUCGUGUGAAAAAGGGACAAAUUUUCACUAAUGAAAUACAAGAGCUCAACAGAAAGAAGGAGCUAAUUCAUCAAGAGAAUGUGGAGCUGCUAAAGAAGGAAAACCUUAUUCGUCACGAAAACUUGGAUUUAUACAAGAAGGUUUAUGGGACAAGACCAUAUGGAGGAAACGAGAAUGGGUUCAACAUUCGAUUUCAAGAGCAGGAAUCACAAUCACGUCUGCAUGGUUCCAUUAAUCUUCAACUGAGCCCGCCUAUGCAUCACAUCCCCGAUUACCAGAUUCCGGCAACAAGAGCAUCAAAAGACAAGUAGCAGCUUGCUUUGAUACCUUACCUAUUUUAAUUUUCAAUGUCGUAAGCACACCUCUAUCUACAAAUAACAUAAUUGAUUACCUGAAAUAAUUGAUUAUAACGGGAUGGGAGGCUUGUGCACGAGAAUUGUUUAUCUAUAUAUAUGUGUAUUUUUGCACCUGCAAUUGAUAUUUACCUUUUUGA